AUGUUUAAAGUGUUCAUUCUCUUUGCUGUUUGCGCUUUGGCCAUCGCCACUCCUGAUGGCCUCGCCGUCUUGCCAGCUGCUCCAUUGUCAGCCGCAUUGCCGAUCUACAAGUCUACACUGGUGGCAUCCCAGCCUACCCACGUUGAAGUGCAUGAACCAGCACUGGCUAAAGUAGGCGAUGUCGUGGAGAGUGUGCCCACUGCUGUCUCGCAUCAGAGCUCAACCAUCGUGCAUAGCAAAGCUCAACGCGUUGCACCGCUAGUGGCGCCUGCUGUGCGCUCGUACGCCGCACCGGCCCUUCACACUUUUUCGGCACCACUCUCAGUCGCACCUUUGCUGCGCACGCUGCCAUUUGGACUAGGACCCGCUGCCGAUUUUGUUCACGCCAACGCUCCAAUACAAUUGCGCUCUUUCGCUUCAGCUGCUCCUGCUAUUCCGGCAUCACUCUACCGCCCAUAUGGAUUCACCUAUGGGGGGCAACCAUUGGUCUAUACUACUGCGCAUUUUAGGAAGUAA